UGGAAGGGUUGCGGCGGAAAACGGGGAGAUCUCAAGGCGCAAAUAUGUACCACUGUACCUACCAAGAUACAAUACAUAGAUCAGGGAUUUGGAUGGCUUUGAUGCCACACCCAAUGUGAGCGUGCUUAGCUUACCGUGCGGUUGGGAGCUGCGGCUGGGGUUUCGUGUGGCCAGGCGAGCUGGGCACUGGAGGUUGGGGCGUCUGACCGCGUUGACCAUCCCCAGUGCCAGUGCCCCUGAGAUCAGACGGGCUGAAUUUGGGGCGCGCAGCAUCAAGAACCCGGUCGAGCCCGCACCCUGUCAGUUUGUGGCCCUGGUGCUGCGUUGCAUCGCCCCGAACCCAACAGCCGCUUUUCCAGCCUCUGCUGCAGGCGGCUGAUUGCCCAUCCUCGCAAGAGGCCUGCCGCGCUGCGUCGCCAGCAUGCUCGGUCGCGUCGAUUGAAAGCCGACUCCGUCGCCGCAAGAGAAUCGUAAAGAAAGACCGCCGCAAUGGAUUCGCGAAGCGCCACAUUCGAGGGUUCGGAGGCCGGCAGCGUAGGGCAUGUCCCUGCACUGUCGCUCAGGCUGCAGCUGCCUGCAAGCUGCGAUCCACCCUCCCCUCAAGGCCCGACGAAACAGCUGGUUUGGAUCGUCUUUGGCGGGACAGGGCAUAUGGGCCGCUCCCUGGUCAAGUGCGCGCUUGCCCACGGCGACAAGGUCACCACGGUGGGCAAGACCUUCGAGUCGACGCCUGAGUCUAUGGUGCAGCAGCAUGAGAACUGCUUUGGCGCACUCUGCGAUGUGCGUGCCAAGGACUCGGUCCGGCGCGUGGUCGACAAGACCCUUGAGCGCUUCGGCCGCAUCGACGUCAUCGCCAACUGCUCCGGUUUCGGCGUCAUCGGCGCCUGCGAGGACCAGGACGAGCACGAGAUACGCAAUCAGUUCGAGACCAACUUCAUGGGCACCCUGCACAUAAUCCAGACCAGUCUGCCCUACUUCCGCCAGCAGGGCGCCGGCCGCUACCUCAUCUUCAGCUCCACAUCAGGCGCCCUUGGGGUUCCCGGCCUGGGGCCCUACUGUGCCACCAAAUAUGCCGUCGAGGGUCUCGUCGAAGCUAUGCUGUACGAGAUCGACUCCUUCAACGUGAAGGCCACCCUGGUCGAACCGGGCCUCGUCCGCCGUGAUGAGCCCGACUCGCAGGCCAACCCGCUGCCAACCUGGGGUCACUUCCUUAUCCGCCCGGCCAGCGAGCCGUAUUCGAGCGCCACCUCGCCCGCACUUCACGCCAAGCGCAUGGUCCAGUGGCUCGGUGACCGCCAGCCAACAAGCGCCGUCAAGUGUGCUGAGCUGGUGUGGCAGCUUGGUCACUGCUCCUACCCGCCCCUCCGCCUGCUGCUAGGUAGCUACGCCAUCGAGAGCAUCCGCGACCGCCUACGCUCUGUCACCGAGGAGCUCGAGGACUGGAAGCACCUCAACUUCCCGCCCGCCCCGGACGUGCCCGGUCAACCGGGGCAGAGUCAGCAACAACAGUCACAACAGCAGCCACAGCAACAGCGACAAUCACAGGAGGAAAUCCCAGAGAAAAGCGAAAAGGACGAGAAGUCAGAUACACACAAAGAAGACAAGCCCGGUGCAAGGAUGGACGGAGACGUGAAGAUGGAGGACAGGGACGAUGACACGGCCGGCUCUACCACCAGCAUGAUAGACGUCCAGGCGUCAAAUGUUGCCCAAGAUUGACUUCAAUGAAAUGCAUUGCAGAGCUGGAGAACUCCAACGCCCCUCUACGGGGGCGUGCCUUGGAUACCUUGAGCCCUCGCGUUGUGCCAACGAUCUGAAUGGAGGCACAGUAUGUGUUAGUUCUCUGUUUAGUCAGUUGAUUGCCAACUUGGUCCACAAUAGGCGGAUGCCUAGUCCAUGUGGAUCGUGCAUCAAUGGCUUUCGUAACGCCUACCGGCCGGUCGGUGUGCGGAUUGUUCAGAGUCCAUCCAACCCUUUCCAGUCCGAGCCAUCAACCUGGUCCUCCUGGCUGUUGAUCCCAGAGGCUGAGCGGCCGUGGUGUGAACGCACGGUACGGGAACACAGCCACGGGGUUUGGCAGCGCUGCCAGCCAAUCAGGGUCCCCCCGCAGAUGCAGAUGGCUCUAGCCAGACUAGCUCCCCUUUUCAGCCCCUUUUUCCUACGCCAUGUUUUUAUUUUGCGGACCCAUUAUCCCCUGCCCAAAUUGUGACGUGAACCCCACAUUAGUCAGUCCCGUUGGUUGUGCCGCCUCGACACCGCCUGGCGCACUGUACCCUCUGCCAAGUUAGGACCAGCGAUGCAUGGUCAUUUCAACGGGGGGUGGGAGUUCCCGAUAAGCAAUUUGCCAGGUUUUAAUCUUGCGCCUGAGUCCGCCCUCGGUUUUUUUCAUGCUCUCAACUGCCUUGU